ACCAACUCUUGAUAUGGACAAUGUUUGCUUUCACCUUGAGGAAAAAUCCGGGGGGAAAAAUCAUCUACCGCCACAUAAAUAUCCUCAUUUUGUAUAGGGGUCGAAACUAUGAUCCCCAAAACCGACCAGUUAUACCUCUUAUGCUAUGGAAGCCUUAUGCUCCUAUAUAUCCGAAGCUUGUGAAAAACAUUGCUGAUGGCCUGACGUUUGAAGAAACCAAGGAAAUGAGAAAUAGAGGACUCCACUCUCCUGCUCUUAUGAAAUUCACGAGGAAUGGAGUGUAUGUAAACGUAGUGGCCAGGGCCCGGGAGGCAUUCGAGACUGAGGAGGUGAUUAGACUAGACUGCACCCAUGUUGGUACGAGUGACUGCAAAAGGAUCGGUGUAAAGCUAAGGAUAUCAACUCAACCUCCAUUAUUUCUUUACCUUUUGUCAUCAAAACCUGCUUGUUUCACUUCGAAUUCUCCAUUUUCCUUUAGAAAUGGAGAUAUUCAACUUGAAAACCAAUGGAUAAAUCUUCUUUUCAUUAUUAGAUUUACCCUGCUGUCAAUGUCCUCCAAGCCUGCUACGUUGGCAUUGAGAAGCAACGAAAACGACAUGCUAGCUUUGCUUUCUUUGAAGGAUCAGCUUGUUGGGGAUUCUCAUGGAGUUUUAACUUCAUGGAACGCUUCCUUCCAUUGCUGUCAAUGGCAAGGUGUUCAAUGUGGUCGUCGGCACCAAAGGGUAGUUUCAUUGAACAUGAGUGGCUUGUCAUUAGCCGGCUUUAUAUCUCCGGCUAUUGGAAACUUAACCUUCCUUAGAGAAGUUGACUUCUCUUAUAACAAAUUGCAAGGAACCAUCCCAAGGGAAAUUGGCCACUUGAAACGACUCGUUUAUUUAAGUCUGAACUUCAAUCAUCUCAAUGGUGAAAUCCUUGAAGAGCUCAGCAAUUGUUCUAAUCUCCAAGAGAUUGCCUUCACUGACAAUAACAUUACCGGAGAAAUCCCAGUGUCCUUGGGUGAUAUGAAGAAUCUCAUCAAUCUUCAUCUUGCUGGCAAUCUUUUAAUUGGAGGUAUUCCAGCUUCCCUAGGAAACAUUUCCACCUUGAAAGUCCUAUCACUUCAAGAUAAUAAGUUGAAGGGAACUAUACCCAGUUCUCUAGGCAAAUUAUCCAACUUGGAAUACAUGUAUAUUGGUGGAAAUAAGCUGUCCGGAUCAGUUCCUCCAGUGCACAACUUUUCAUCUUUGCUAGUUCUUGAUGCAGCUGAAAACCAAUUAUCUGGGAAUCUUCCGCCAGAAAUAGGCUGUACUUGUCCAAAUCUGGAAGGGAUUUUUAUUGCCCUUAAUCAGCUUACUGGAGAAAUUCCAAGGUCAAUAUCCAACAUAUCUAGCCUGGAACUAUUUGACAUCGCCUUAAAUGGUUUCACUGGAUCAGUUCCUGAGAAUAUGGGAAACCUGAGGAAUCUUCUAGUGUUAAACAUUCCAGGCAAUUACCUUGGAAGUGGGAAACCAGGAGACUUGAGCUUUCUCUCAUAUUUAAGCAACUGCAGCCGAUUGCAAUCUUUGGGUAUAAAUUACAAUCACCUUUAUGGAGUGAUUCCAGAUUCCAUAGCCAAUUUUUCAAUCUGCCUUGAAGAGCUUUUGAUGGGAGACAAUCAGAUCAUCGGACGUAUUCCUCAAGGAAUUGGCAAUCUCAUUAACUUGGAUCUUAUGGAAAUGAAGGGAACUUUCAUUGCUGGUGAAAUUCCCAUUUCCAUUGGAAAUCUUCAAAAUCUUGAAGGAUUGUACCUCGGUUUUAAUUAUUUGUCAGGUAAAAUCCCAUCCUCCAUUGGUAAUCUCUCUCGACUAUCCAAUCUAGACUUAACCAAUAACAAAUUCGCUGGAGCAAUUCCUUUAUCACUCAAGCAAUGCACAAAUUUGCAAAAACUAGAUCUUUCAACUAACAACCUUAAUGGUAGUAUCCCAUAUCAGUUAUUUGGUGCUUUUGAAAGGCUGAUUUAUCUUAAUUUGUCUCACAACUCUUUCACUGGUUCCCUUCCAUCAGAUAUGAGAAACAUGAAGAAUCUUGUCGAGUUUUACGUUCAUAAUAACAAUUUCCAAGGUGAAAUUCCCAUGACACUUGGGGAGAGUUUAGAACUUACAACUCUCUUCAUGCAAAAAAACUCAUUCCAUGGUACCAUCCCUCAAUCUUUUGCCUCCUUGAGAUCUCUUGAGAACUUAGAUCUUUCAAAUAACAAUUUGUCUGGCACCAUACCACCUGAACUUCAAAAACUUCAUUUUCUAGUGAGAUUAAACCUUUCUUUUAAUCAACUAGAUGCUUCCCAAGUGCUUCAGUGA